AACUCGACCCAGCUCUCAGCUCCGACCAAACACGAGUCUCUCGGUUUGGCUGGCAGGCUACGGAAGACUGCGGAACACUACCAGCACCGAGUAGUGACACCAACCUCCAACUAUAACGAACCGAACAGUGUUUCUUUGGCUAUAUUUUGGUUUAGCGCGUAGGUUUGGUGAGACUUUGGUUGUGUGUGUUUGGGGGGGUGUACGGUUAGUACUAACCUACUGUCUUUUGAGGAGGGUGUCAAACACAGCGCAGCAGUUUCUCAUCAAGAGGCGAGGAAUGCAACCUGAGCAUCGAUGUUUCACUGGGGCAAGUGGAAGAAGAGGAUGGGAGCCAAUAGUUCUUCAAAGAGACCCGUUUUCGACGAAAAGGAAGAUGUGAACUUUGACCACUUCCAGAUAUUACGAGCCAUCGGGAAAGGGAGCUUUGGAAAGGUAUGCAUUGUGCAAAAGAGGGACACCGAGAAGAUGUAUGCCAUGAAGUACAUGAACAAACAGCAGUGCAUAGAGAGAGAUGAGGUCCGAAACGUCUUUAGAGAGCUUGAGAUCCUACAGGAAAUUGAACAUGUUUUUUUAGUAAAUCUCUGGUACUCCUUCCAGGAUGAGGAGGAUAUGUUCAUGGUGGUGGACCUCCUGCUGGGAGGAGAUCUGCGCUACCACCUGCAGCAGAACGUCCAGUUCAGCGAAGACGCUGUCAAACUCUACCUCUGUGAGAUGACACUGGCACUCGACUACCUGCAGAACCAGCACAUCAUCCAUAGAGAUGUGAAGCCAGACAAUAUCCUCUUGGAUGAGCAAGGUCAUGCUCACCUGACGGAUUUCAACAUAGCAACAAUAAUAAAGGAUGGAGAGAGAGCCACAGCCUUAGCUGGAACCAAGCCUUACAUGGCCCCAGAGAUCUUCCAGUCUUUUGUAAGUGGGGGGACGGGCUACGCCUUUGAAGUAGACUUUUGGUCACUAGGGGUGACAAUUUUCGAAGUGCUGCGUGGAUGGAGGCCCUAUGACAUCCACGCUAGUAACUCUGUGGAGUCCCUGAUUCAGCUCUUCAGUACAGUCAGUGUCCAGUACAGCCCGGCCUGGCCCAAAGACCUGGUUUCCCUCUUGAGGAAGAGUGAAGUGCGUGCAUGUGCACCGUGUCUGAGUGACUGAGUGUCCUGGGCGAAGCCCUGGUCUCUUCCGCUCUGUUGCUGAUCGAUUACCGUGUCUGGACUCCGCCGAGACAGAUGUAGCAGGAGAAAACCAAAUCAACCUGUGAUCAAAUGAAGAGAAUAAAGCACAGGAUGAGAGUUAAUAUGACAACAAAAGCAACAACCCAUUAUUGUUUCCAGUGUUUACCCCGAGGAGGAAGAUGAAACAGAUGGUAUUAUUCCAUUGAAAACACAAACAGUUUUUAUCUCUUGAGGUUUUCUUCUGUCUUGAUCACUGAAACAAUUUUGAUUCACACCUUGAGUUUUGUGUCAAGUAAAUAAAAACAAUAAAAUUAGUAAACAAGUAAUUGUAGAAUACAUUGUAGAUGCUAAAUAAAUGAACAAGUCAUGUAAAUUAUUGUGAAAUGCUAGUCAUCAUUCUAAUUUCAUAACAGGGUUUACUAGGCUUCAUUAUAUUUCAAUUUUACAAUUGUUAUUUCAAUUUACUUUUUAAAAAGUCUGUUUCUAUUGCACAGUAGCAUUACUUAAUUAUUUCAUGUCACCUUGUAUUUCCUUUGUGUCCCCUGCCACUCAAAAACUGCUGCAAAAUGUAGCCAGUUAGCCUGUAAAAUCAAAGUAAUUAGGAAUUGACCGACUUGCUUAGCUUUUAAAAGUUAGCUUAACAAGGCUGCGCAUGCUCCCUACCUAGCUGGAUAACUAGCAAGCUCACUGAAUAGCGUGUUGUAUUUUCUCAGCAUCAAAGAGAAUAGCCAGUGUGUGCAGCAGCUAACUUGUUUUAUCCUGAGAUUUUAUUCUGAAGAAGUUCCUCUGAGAAAGUGUGUCUGUGGUGGUGCUAGUCAACAUGUGCUGGCUAACACGGCUAACACUGGGUCUUUGAUACUGAGUAAUAAUGCAAGCUUGUAACUGGGCCUAGCUAGUUAGCUGGCAAGGCAAAUUGUGUUCUUAGCUAUGUUAAGCUAGGAAGGGCUACUCAAGGUGUGCACUGUGAUGAAUUGCAAUAGCAUCCAGAAUGUCUUAUUUAUUUAUUUAAUAUUGAACACUUUGUGCUCCAUAUUCUUGCGCGUCCUUAUAAACACAGAAUUGAAUUUUCUAUAAAAAAUAUCUCCAGUCUGAAUUUAUACUGUGUGUUUAUAGUUGAAAAUCUAAUAUAUAAAAUGUGGCAGUCUCAGAGACUCAGAGACACAUUUAAAUAUUUUUGGCUCCUUGUUAUGUUCACUUCACCUAGCCCAGACACACACUGGCACAUCUUUUUAGUGAACGGCACACCACUAAGAAAGGAAAGAAACAAGUUUUGGGGUUUUUUUUCACCUGCAAUUUGUCAAGUUUAUUUCACCUCCCAGAGAGAAGAGUCUGGCUUUGAGCGAGGAGAGAAGGUGAUGUUGCGCCUCGGAAGGUGACAUGAUGUAGGUGACAUGUGUAUGUGUGUUUGUGUGUGUGUGUGUGUGUG